AUGGAUUGCGGAAGAACUACUACUUGGCUCAAGGGCUCUUGGUUUCAUUGCUUAGUACAAUUUACUAUCUGGAUGUAUAGCUUUGAGAAUGUGAUGCCUCUGCCGAUACAAUCUGAUCCCAGUCACAUUCCGUCAGCGUUUAUGCUAACUAGUUCACCAGGAAGUGGAACUUUUGAACCCAUUCAAAUAUCACCGGCUGUUAUCCCACGUACUCCACUUCCAAGUGCCGACUUGCCUCCAAUGUACCCAACCUAUCCUAGUACUUAUGAGCCCAUUUUGACUGGACGAUGCCCUGUAAACUUUUCGGUCAUUUCAAGUGUCAUGGAAAAAACGGCAUCCGACUGCACCCAGCCGUUUGCAGGAGUAGUUGCAAAUGUUAUAUGUUGCCCACAACUUAGUAGCUUGCUCCACAUAUUCAAGGGAUUCUAUAGUACCAAUUCCGAUAAUUUAGUUUUACAAAAUGCAGCUGCAGAUGAUUGCUUUAAAGAUAUUGUCAGUAUAUUAGCUAGCAGAGGUGCAAACAGCUCAAUAUCAACCAUAUGCUCCAUUAGAUCUUCAAAUCUGACUGGCGGCUCAUGUCCUGUGAAGGAUGUAGCCACUUUUGAGAGAACGGUUAAUACAAGCAAAUUAUUGGAUGCUUGCAGUACAAUUGAUCCUCUUAAAGAAUGUUGUCGACCAAUUUGCAAUCCUGUUGUUAUGGAAGCUGCACUUAAUUUAUCAGGAGUCCGAUCAUAUAUGGAUGAUAAUAAGAAUGCAGUUGGGCUGUCUAAUCCCUUCGAUUUGGUUAAUGAUUGCAAAGGGGUGGUCUUUUCAUGGAUUUCAAGGAAACUUCCUCGUGAUUCCGCAAACAGUGCAUUCCGGAUAUUGUCUGCCUGCAAAGUUAAUAAAGCUUGUCCAUUGGAGUUAAGACAACCAUCAGAAGUAAUUGCAGAAUGCCUCAAUGUUGCUGCCCCUAGUCCUUCGUGUUGUAGAUCCCUAAAUAGUUACAUAACCGGUAUACAGAAGCAAAUGCUCAUAACAAAUCGGCAAGCAAUAUUAUGCGCGACCAUGUUGGGCCAUAUGUUGAGGAAGGGUGGUGUGAUGGCAAAUAUUUAUGAGCUUUGUGAUGUGGACAUAAAAGAUUUUAGUCUCCAAGCAUAUGGACAAGAAGGUUGUUUACUCCCUAGCCUCCCUGCGGAUAUGGUUUAUGAUAAUUCAUCAGGCUUCAGCUUUCACUGUGAUUUGACGGACAAUAUUGAAGCUCCAUGGCCAUUAUCAUCCUCCAUGACAUCAAUGUCUCUUUGUGCACCUGAGAUGUCCUUGCCCGCACUACCUACAUCUCGGAAUCUAGGCAACCCUGGCUGCUGUGGAGGUGGGAUGAGACUCGGACCUAUUCUCUUAAUUUUUGGUUUCGGUGCUUUAUUGUUUUGA